AGGGAGAGCUGGGGAAAGUGCCAGAGCUGACUACAAAGAAGAUCCAAGAGGCCAGCACUCCAGCCUUGUCUCAGGACAUACCAGCCCACAGCAGCAGGAUGGGCUGUACCACAGGCCACCUUACGUGCCAACCCCAGCCCCAGGUUGCCUCAGGGCAGGAGGGACAGUCCCUGGAGGCUGGUGGUGCUAAGGUCCCAGAGGUGCUCUCCUCCCUGGAGCGUCUGUCCCAGGCCACGGGAGGCAUGGAGAAGUCCUGGUAUCGCUGCAUCUUCCCCUUCGGAAUAAUCUCGCUAGUGAUUGGCAUAGCAGGAACAGGAGUGACCUUCACCUAUAACAACUUGCCUCAGACCAAAGUGGUUUCAGUGGUGCUGCUCAUUGUGGGUCUGGUGCUGCUGCUGUUGGCUACUGCCUGCUGGACUGUCCACAAGAAGAAGAGAAGGAAAAAGAAAGAAGGAGGCUCUUUUACCUCUGAGCAGUGCCCCCUGUGAAGCACUAUGUGGAAGCAGUACAGGGAUGAGAGAGGAGAGAGAUGUUCAGGGCCGGAAGAUUAAGGGUGGGCUAGAGAAGCUGCCACUUCACCCUCCCCCAGCCCCAAAUCCCCUCUAGUCUUUAUCACAGAGUUUGGCUCAACUUUUACUGGACAGAAUUUGGGCCCAGAGAUUAUGGACAGACAGACAGAGACAGACAGACAAAGGAGAGAUAGACAGGACACUAAGGAUCUGUGGGGCCUGUACGGUUUGGAGCUUUUUGGAGUGACACGAUCACCACCACCUCAAACGCUCCUUUAUCAUUAGACAGCAGGUGUCCAGUGUCAAAACAACUUUGGAGGAGACACACACAAAUAUGCACUGUGCACACACCGACACACACAUGCACGCACAGAUGCACGCUCCUCACAGCCCUCACACACAUAUGCACCAGCAGACACAGCGGGAGCUUGCGCGGACACUUAACACGCUAUGCAGAGCUGCUGCUGGAAUCAGUGCUGGCGUCACUAGGCACGUCAGUCACGGCAUUCCUCCUGCCAGGACAGGUGACUCUCCAAGAGGCCAGAAGUGGGCCAAAGACGGCAACCUGACACCUUGCCGAAAGAGGAGUGCACCAGCGUCAGCGGCCCGCGUCAUUCACUCGUCCUGUGACACCGCAGCAAUGUGUUGGGGCUUUUUUUACGCAAUGGGAGAGUGGAACUUGAGUCCAGCAGGAUCUUACUGGCAGCUGUGUGGACGAGGAGCUGGAGGAUCCACUGGGGAAAUGGAGGGUGUACGUGUGUGUGUGUGUGUGUGUGUGUUUAUGUGUGUGUGUGUGUGUCUGUGUAUGUGUGUGCGUUCACACAAAGUUUGAUGAGCUAAAAAAUUAUUGGACCUUUGGAUGUCACUACUAAGGAAUGAGGGAGUCACACACGCAUGCACACACACACAUAUACACACACACACACACACACUCACACAUACACUCACUGCCAUUUUCAUGUGACAGUAUGAAGCCCAAUGACCAAGUGAGAGAGGGGACAUACUAUGAUGGGCCUUUUUGUUGCACUGAAAAAGUAUGGGCCACUGACUUUGUGACUGACUUAUUGCUUUCCCUGUUGACUAUCUGUGAGUAUUUAUGCCCAGCCUGGUGUCUAGGUGGGUCACCUCACCUCCAUACAGGGCAGGCCAGGAUUACUGAAGGACACUGCCUGAGGGGACAUGCCACUGCAGGGACACUUUGACUGAUCCUGCUCUCCAAGAGCCCCUCCCGCUUGGUGCCUUAAGCAAGCACUCAUGGAAAAAGGCUCUGUCGCAUUCCCCUGUUUCCAUCUGAACUCCUGACAGUUUCCCCCUUGCUCCCUCUCUCUUUACCCCAACAGGACUCUCCUCUUCACUUCCAUACACCUUCCCCAAUCUCUCCAUCGCACCCAACCAUAAUUUCUCAUCUGAAUUAAUUCACAGCGUCAUCAUGAUAGCCCAGGAGCAAGUGUGUACAGCAGCAGCUUGACACACACACACGAAGCCACACACACACGUACACUUACCGUUGAGCCCCAUAGGAAGCAGUGAUGUUUCUUUAUCUGUCCAUGUGCCAUUGAAAAUGGAUUAUUUUUUCUGUCACAGAAGAAAGAGCAUUGACUGAGAGUGAGCGGCAAAUCUCUUUGUCUGUGUGACGUUUGGGUACAGGACUGUUUCUCAGUGAAUGUUUGUCUUCUAAGAGGCUCUGUUCUGGGGAUUCCCUCUGCUACGCCACUGCGCUUUUUCACUUGCAGAGAGAAUGGAUGAAUGUACUGUAGCUGCGCUCAGCUCCACAUCUGUGAAUAGGUGCUUGCUGUUGGUGUGCGGUCUCACAGGAUGAGACCACACAAUAGCAUUUUAUUGUUGUCUUAGACAUUCUUCGUUUUGUCACUGAAUGUAAUAAAAGAGAAAUCAUGGUGGGAGGGUUGCAAUGGAGAGAAUAUAUAGUAAACAGCACAGGAAAUAGAAAGAAAUCUAACGUCUUUGUGUCUCGGUGAAGGAGUGUGCGCUUAGACUCGGAGAAGUGUCAUUGAUCAGUGUUUUAUCGAUCCUGGUUACCAGAUUAGUGAUGCUCACAGUCUGUGUCUAUGCAUCCAGAGGUAGCAGUUAACACACAGUGCCAAAGAGGGAUGUUUUCCCUUAGCAAGGCUUGGAUUGCCCGUCUGCUUCAAUUGUGUAGUGAUGUAAUUGAUCUUUCCCCUCUCUUGCUUUGUUGCAACUCAUUGUGCUUUUGAAUGCCCUGGUGUAUGGUGUUUUCCAGCAAACUCUGCUGUUGCUCACAUGCUGUAUGGGAGAGAGGGAAGGAGGGAAGAAAGGGAAAGAUGAAGGUUAGGGUGGAAGAGAGAAACAGCCUGGGGAAGUCUUUAAAUGGCAGCACAGAGCUGUGUGUCUGGUUAGAUUGGGAUCAGCCAUCCUGAACAGAAGACUGUUAUUCUUAGUGGGUAUAAUGCAUCGCUGUAAAAGAGCAGUGAAAACGUCAAGUUGACGGGAGACUGUGAUUUGUGAAUGUUGGUAUGGGUUUUUUAGUUGGGGCAAUGGCAGAAGCUGGGGAAAUGGGCCACAAUAGAGGAACCUUGUGCCUUUCCUUACUAACUGAAAAGAUAACUAACAUGGAAUGCUAAGCCUCCUCGAAUAUGCGUUAACCUUUGCAAAUAGACACAUGAAAUCUUGUUUUCUUUAGAGGUGAAUAUCAAAGGAAGUGAGGAGAAUAUUUAUGAGCCUGCUUUUUAUAGUUCAGCACAGUGGUGUCUUCUGAGUAGUGAGACAACAGAGAAACCCUAGUAUUGCAUUACAUUACAGUGGUGACGACGUAGCGGCCUGUCUCACUUACUCUGGACUGCACUGCAGCUGUGUCAGGGAACCUAUCUGUCACUGCACAAACCUGCUCACAUUGUCUUAGGUUGGCUUUAUGGUUGUUAUACUCAGAGGACGACACUGGGGCUUGGGCGUUGGCUUCAUGGAGCUUAAUUCCAAUGUGAUACGUGAAAAAUUCAACAACAAUGUUUAGAAAUCACUGACCUACGUAAUGGUUAAUAAGGUCGAUAGAAAAGCUCUGGAUAAGGAUAAUCUCCUGUUAUCUGUUGAUGUGUGCGAAUCAUCAAGGAGCUAACAUGGUGUUACUCGAGAAAGAUGUUUCGUGGCAUGGUGGUAGAGAGAGGGGGCGAGGAGGAUGUACAAUUUCAUUGAGAGAAGCAGACCGCAAGGAGCCAGCAACGUGCUGAGAAUACGGAUUUACAGUCAGUGAGACCGCCAGUUUAACCACACAAACACCGGCUAGGGUGCACGUAAACCUGCACAUACAUGCACACAAGAAACAUACACAUACACUACUCUUUUGGCCUGUACAUUGAUGCAGUUUUGAUAUGCAUGUGUGUACAGCUUGGGGUUGUAUACACAGGCUAAAUGCUCUUAUAUAACCAUGAAGUACUUACUUGUGAAGCUAUUUAGUGCCAACCUGUUGACGCAUAGACUUGUACUAAUAGCAGGUGGCCAAAUUUUGUUUUGUAGAGAUGUGAAGUGAUUCCCCUUCUGUCUACUGCAAAAA